AUGCUUCUAGCAGACACAAGAGUGAGGUGGGAAAAGCUCAAGAAGGGCCAGAAAUCGUACUUUCUCACAGGGACGGACGAACACGGAUUGAAGAUUCAGGGAGUAGCAGAAAAGCAAAAUGUCGAACCCAAGGCUUUAGUCGACAGUGUCUCACAGAAUUUCAAGCACAUGGCCCGUAAGAUGAAGAUAGACUAUCUGCGAUUCAUCAGAACCACAGACGAUGAUCAUGUCGAGGCCGUCAAGCAUUUCUGGAAUGUCAUGAUGCAGAAAGGGCUUAUCUACAAAGGCAUACAUGAUGGGUGGUACUCGGUGAGCGACGAAGCAUUCUACACUGAGGCCCAGAUAGAGGAAGUGAGUGAUGGUAGUGGAGGAGCCCGUAGAGUUUCUAAAGAAACAGGAAGUGAGGUUGUGUACCAAGAAGAAGAAAACUAUUUUUUUCGGUUAUCUGCUUUCCAGGAUAGACUUAUCCAGUACAUUGAGGAGAAUCCCACGUUGAUUCAGCCGCAGCACAAGAUGAAGCAGGUGUUAGAAGAACUUAAGUCAGAGCCACUCAAGGAUUUAUCUGUGUCACGCCACACUUCGCGUCUACAAUGGGGAAUUGAAGUGCCGAAUGAUCCAACGCAGAAAGUGUAUGUAUGGUUUGAUGCCCUCCUCAACUACUUGACUGCUGCCGGAUACCCACACAGAGAUCUCAAGGCGCCAAACAACAUCUGGCCCGCAUGCCACGUUCUUGGGAAGGACAUCAUGAGGUUCCACUGUAUAUAUUGGCCAAUUUUUCUCAUGGCCGCCGAAAUCGACCUCCCCAAGAUGAUCUUCGUUCACUCACACUGGCUCUGUGAUGGCAAAAAGAUGAGCAAGAGCAUUGGCAACGUGGUCGAUCCCUACCUUAUGGCAGACUACUAUGGCGUAGAUCCGUUGCGGUUUUUCUUGAUGGAGCAGUCGAAUAUCAAUACCGACAGCAACUUCAGUGAGGAUGCCCUAUUCAACCAUAGAGGUAUGCUUCUUAACAAGUUCGCCAACUUGACAUCUCGAGUGUGUGCGCCAAAAUUUGAGAUAGCGGAGGGUCUAAGACAAGCAAACAAUGGUGUCUUCAACGAUAUAGAUAGCCUCUUGUUGGCUGAUACCGUCACAUCGACAGACAAGAAGAGAACCAUUGAGUUAAGAAACGAAUUGGUGGUUGCAAUUGACAGCUUGAAAGAGGAAAUGGAUGCUCCACUUCAGCAAUUUGAUCACAUGAAGGCACUUAAAUUGUGGUGGAACGUGGUGGAGCUCAUCAAUGGGUUUUUUCAGGCAACUGAGCCAUGGGCAUACAACAAGUUUGCGGAAGCAGAGAAGGAAAGAGCUAUCAGAAAUUACUUGGUGUACGUUGCAACUGAAGGUAUUAGAGUGACUACGCUUUGCAUCCAGCCAUAUAUGCCAGACUUGUCUGCUGCAAUUUUGCACCGUCUUGCUGUUAGCAAGGACAAGAGAGCACUAGACUAUGCGAAGUUGGGCGGGGACGCAGACUACGGGAAGGGUUCCAACCGACAGCACAAGGACAAGUUGAUGCAAAAAAUCGAGCCCAGAACUGAAAACUUGUAA